UCUUGAGAUUAUUAAAAGUAAAUAAUUUUCAUAGUUGUGUUUUCUAGUUUCCUUUUUUAUCAAUGAGUUUAUGGACAUAUGUGCAUGUUUUAUGGCUUCUUUAUGAUCUCAUUUUGUAUAUAUAACUUAUCAAAUCUCUACCUUUGAUUGAGAUUCUUCAGUCAUUUCCUCUUUCUUUCUCUCUCCCUCUUUUCGCUUGACUGAAAUCACCUUCUUUUAAAUAUCAUCUCUUCUUCUUAGGAUCUCAAUCUUCAUUUCAAGCAAAGAAGGUUGAUUUCAUCUGAAACUAUGGAGUGGACAAGCAAUAUUGAAAGUGCCUUAAGAAGUAAUCACGGCAGAAGUGGACAUGAGAACUUCUCACUUCUGCACCUGUUUCAACAUUUAAAUGGUGGCGUAUUUGAUGAUCAAGAGGAAGUUGAUUAUGCUAAGGCAGUAUCGCUCUCAGAAAUGGAAGCUGUAAAGCAGGAAGCAUUGAUCAUUGAGAAACAAAAGAUGAAAGUCAUCACAUCCCAAAUUGAAGAAGAUGAGGAGCUCGCCAAUGCAAUGCAACUGAGCUUAGUCAUGGAGUGUUCUCUUUCAAAUAACAGUGCACAUGCUUCUUCCUCUCGACCUUUUCUGGCCUCUGCAUCCAAGAUAAUCUGUGCUAGAUGCAAUACCGAGAUAAGCAUACGCGAACAUGUUUUCGAACAUAAUGGUAUUGUUUGGCAUAUAGAAUGUCUCGUAUGUCAUACUUGCAAACAACUAAUCAAAGAUGAUGAGUUAUGCAUGUUUGAAAAUCGACCUUAUCACACAUCUUGUCCAAGGAAUUUGAGGCAUUCUAAAUGCUAUGUAUGCAACAACUUUAUCCCACAUAGUAAUGGGGUGGUUGAAUUUCGAGAGCAUCCUUUUUGGAAACAAAAACAUUGCCCUUCCCAUGCAACUGAUGGAACUUCCAUUUGUGUUAGUUGCGAAAGAUUACAGCCAAAAGGAAUCAACUACAUUCUACUUAAAGAUGGCAGAAGCUUGUGUCCAAACUGUUCUAGCUUCAAGAUUAUGGACACCAAUGAGUGCCAGCCUCUCUUCCAUGAGAUACAAGAAUUCUUCUCAAGUUUAAACAUGAAACUUAACCAAGAAAUUCCAUUGGGGAUGGUUGAAAGGGAAGCAUUGAACAAUGCCAUGGAAGGGGAAAAGAAUGGACAUCACCAUUUAUCCGAAACUCGUGGGCUCUGCUUGUCAGAAGAGCAAACCAUUCCAAUUAUUCAUGAGAUGAAACAUAUUGGGAGUCGUUCAAUCCUUGAGUUACUCACAAAGCAACGCAGACUUGUUCGUAAUUGUGAAGUUACGGCUAUACUCAUCCUAUAUGGCCUUCCCAGGUUGUUGACAGGAUCCAUUCUAGCACAUGAGAUGAUGCAUGCUUGGUUAAGGCUUCAAGGUUAUCCGAAUCUAAAACCAGAAAUUGAAGAAGGUAUCUGCCAAGUCCUAGCUCACAUGUGGCUGAAAUCCAAAAUCAAUGUGGGAUCUGAAACUGCCAUGGGUGCUGCUAGUUCAUCUUCUUCCCUGCGACCUCCACGUUCAAACAAGGACAAGAAACUGAGUGAAAUAGAGAAGAAACUUGGCGAAUGUUUCAUACGCCAAAUCGAACUGGAUGAUUCACAAGCCUAUGGAGAUGGGUUCAGGGUGGGAGAGCAGGCAGUUUCCAAGUAUGGUUUGAAGAAAACUCUUGAUCAUAUCAAACUCACUCAAACUUUCCCAGUUUGAAAGUUGAUAUUGUAGAAAAGAACACACGGGGAUUGAUUGUACGACGUUGGUAAAAAGUGAAAACAUGUAAUAAAAUGGAUAGUCAUGCCAGUUAAAUGUUCUUAUCUGAUUAGUUUUUAAUCAUAACCCUCUGAUGAUGAAAUGUGGAAAUGAAUUAUUGGCACCAUGUUUUUCCAAA